AUGGCAGUUGCACGCCUGUCGACUGCAGACAUCGUGUCUUCACUACAAAACGCACUUCAGAAAUUUACGCCACCAAAGCACAUACCAAACUUUUGGAUUAUCGACACCCAAGAAAACUGCCUCGUGCCGGGCAAUUCAGUCGACAAAUAUGUAGCUCUUAGCUAUGUCUGGACGUCUCCACUAGAUACCACCAGUAACCAGACACCUGCACAGAGAUUGAUGCUCCAACGGGACAAGUUAGAUGAUUUCAGAAAGCCUGGAUUUCUAUCUUCCGAGUUAGGGGUGGCUGAAAAACUACCCAAAGUUAUUCGGGACUCACUCUGGGUUGAUUGUCUCUGUAUCCCUCAAAACGACGAGACCACCUGUGACAAUGUCCUAUCGAUGAGGGACAUAUAUUCUGGAGCCCAUUUCACGAUCAUAGCAGCGGCGGAAUCAUCGGGAUUAUACGGGUCGGGAGCUGGUAUUGACAGAGUUAAAAAUAUAGAUGGCCUCCCUGGUGCGGGUAGCCUUCAUGGGGCACUGAUGACAACACACUGGGCCACACGCGGAUGGACGUUUCAGGAACAAAUGCUUUCCACGAGGUCUUUGGUUUUUCUUAAUGAAACGGCAUUCUGGGAUUGUCAGGGUGAUGUGUGGUGGCUCUACAUGGAGCUGAUAUGUCGGUACAAUCAUCGCAAUCUCACAUACGCCCAGGAUGCGCUCCCGGCUAUUUCCGGUGUAUUUGAUGCGUUGACAUACGGGUUUUCGGGAGGCUUCAUCAGUGGACUACCAGCUAUUUUUCUUGACUCCGCUCUUCUUUGGCAGCCUUUCGUCAAGGCGAAGAGGCGAGUUUGUUCUGAGGAGAAACCUGAAUCGUCUCCGCCAUUACCAUCCUGGUCUUGGGCCGGGUGGCAAUGUCUGAUAGACCCAGCAAGCCUAGAGAGCGGUCUAGAUUACGAGAUCCGAGGCGAAACUUCUAGGAGGACUAGGAAGCUUGUUGAUUGGGUUGGCUCGACCACCGUGGCUGACGAGUGCAAGAUACUCGAACCGGGAAUACUAGAGCACUAUAAAGGGUUGCGGGAUAACCCUUCCAAUAAAGAUUUGCCUAAUGGGUGGUCCUACAAAACAGAAGAUACAGACUCUGCGGAAGGAGUAAAGCCGUAUACACCCACAAACAGACCAAACAGCUGGUACUCCCAUGAUUCAGACGCUCAGUCUAUCUUUCGCUACCCCCUGCCAAUGACACAUGUCCCAUCAACCGUCGGAAGCCAAGGGUAUAAACGCUUCCUCUCCUGCACGACAUCGACAGCUACAUUUAACGUCCGGAGAGUUCUAUAUCCUCAUCAGAGGGCGCAGCAAUUGCUUAGUAGCGGUGCCAUGCUUCGUAUUUCCGUCUUAGACACGCAGCUAUACAAGAAUGAGCCCGAAUUCGAGACAUAUUGCCCUGUGAUAACCCUCGAAGACGAACAAGGGCGCUGGGCUGGGUUACUUAGAGUGAUGAAUGAUAAUGAAAAUAUCAAGGCCCAGCAAACAGUCGAACUCAUAGCUAUCUCUCAGGGUAGUUCAAGCUUUAUGGAAGCUGCCGUGGCGUACGAGGAGACGGUUGACAGACUGGCCUGCUACCAGUUCAGGCGCGAUCACUGCCAUUUCGCGCUGACUGAGAGUUUCCAGCAGAAGAUAGCGUAUUUUGGAGAUUCGAGAUCGGAAUGUUAUAAGAGUAUGGAGAAAGAGGCCGACGAGCGGGAUCAGGGGCCCUUUUUUCUCAAAAACAUCAACUGUUAUCACUUCUAUGAUGAGGAGGGGCUACCAAAAGAGUGGCGUCACGAGAAUUAUGAUUUCUACAACGUGCUCUGGGUCGAAAGGAGAGGCGAUUUCAUGGAAAGAAAGGCUGCGGGGCGGGUGCCUAAAGCAAUCUGGGAGCAGAAUCAAGGGGCGCUACAAAGCAUCAAACUCGGUUGA